GGGUCAUGCUACUUCAUUCUGACCAAUCGUCGACUUGCAGGGCUACAGUCGCCAUUGCUCACUUGGCCUAUUUUGGUAACCGUAACAGUUCCAGACUCGCCGGUCCCACGAAACGAUCACCUAUUGACAUUUCGUAUUAGCGAUUGAUGGAAGACACUAAACAUCACGAACGUCUUCCUACUUUGGUAAUGAUAGCAGUUGACGAUGCAAAUGAAUGAGGCCAAAGGCGAAUAUUAAACCAGAUUCCACUCAAGCCGUCGACUAUUCCACCCCCCAAGCGUCCCACUCUCUCCGCAGUCCCAAUUAAUAGGCGAAUUAUCUCGGGAAACUAUUAGUAAAUCGUCCUCGUCACCAACCGACUGGGACCGAUCUUCUCGAUCUGGAUCUUGGUACCGUUUAUCUCGACGAAAGGUGAGUCGAUAUUAUUGUUGACAUCGUGCCACUUCGCGAUUGAGAAUUGCGAUUUCGCAACCAGGACAGGUUGUCGGUAUAUAUGAUCAUUUAUUUAAGAGAUCAAUCUGGGUGUUAGUUUCGGCUGUAAGCGAUUAGAAGCUGCGAGAGAGAAUCCAAAGAACAUUUGAGGGCAAGAUGGCUACGUCUCGCGCAAACAUGAAAAUCGUCGUUGUCGGCGGAGCCGGCACGAUGGGUUCUUCGACCGCUCUGCAUCUUGUACGAUCCGGUUAUACCCCAUCCAAUAUCACCGUUCUCGAUACAUAUCCCAUCCCUUCGGCGCAGUCUGCCGGGAACGAUCUUAAUAAGAUCAUGGGGAUUCAAAUACGAAAUAAGGCCGAUUUGAGGCUAAGUACGGAGGCAAGAGAUAUGUGGAAGAGUGACGAACUGUUUAAACCGUUCUUUCACAACACAGGCAGACUCGAUUGUGAAGGAUCCGAAAAGGGCAUUGCCAAUCUUCGAAAAAAACAUCAGAACCUCGUUGAUAUCGGCAUUGGUCUAGAGGAGACUAAUGAAUGGCUGGAUAACGAAGAUGCAAUUUUAGCAAAGGCGCCAUUAUUGUCACGGGAUCAAAUAAAAGGCUGGAAAGCUAUAUUCUGCCAUGAUGGCGGGUGGCUAGCUGCGGGCAAGGCGAUCAAUGCCGUUGGAGAAGAAUUGAGCAAGCGGGGAGUCAAAUUUGGAUUCGGAGGUUCCGGAUCCUUCAAACAGCCCCUUUUCGCAGAUGAUGGUGUCACGACCAUCGGUGUUGAAACGGUGGACGGGACAAAGUACUAUGCCGACAAGGUAGUUCUCGCCGCGGGAGCUUGGAGUCCUACGUUAGUAGAUUUAGAAGAUCAAUGCUGUUCUAAGGCAUGGGUAUAUGCCAUGAUACAGCUAUCGCCGGAGGAAGCUGCCGAGUAUAAAGACUCGCCUGUCGUGUACAACGGAGACAUCGGUUUCUUCUUCGAGCCUAACGAAGAUGGGAUAAUCAAAGUCUGCGACGAAUUCCCAGGCUUUACCCGCUUCACUCAACAUCAGCCAUAUGGAGCUGACCAACCCAAGCACAUAUCCGUACCUCGAUCUCACGCCAAGCACCCUACAGACACAUACCCUGAUGCGUCAGAGAAAUCCAUCCGUAGGGCUAUCGCGACGUUUCUCCCGCGCUUCACGGAAAAGGAGCUGUUCAACCGAGCAAUGUGCUGGUGCACGGAUACUGCGGACGGAGCACUGCUUAUAUGCGAGCAUCCAAAAUGGAAAAACUUCAUUCUCGCCACGGGCGACAGCGGACACACCUUCAAACUGCUACCUAAUAUCGGAAAAUACGUAGUAGAAUUAAUAGAGGGUACUCUGGCCGAAGACCUAGCAGAUACUUGGAAAUGGCGACCAGGAGGCGAUGCUCUAAAGUCGAGGCGCGAGGCGCCUGCUAAGGAUCUUGCAGAUAUGACUGGAUGGAAUCACGAUAUGUGAUAGCGGAUGCAAGAUUCCGAUAUAGUCGUCGUGCGACCUUGGCGUCGCCAGGUUCGUGUACGUCGAACAAACCUGGGAAGGCUUCAUCGCAUGUCAAAAUAGUCUAGGGAAAGGUACCUACCUAGGUACUUAUUUAAUUACCUAUGCCCCGAAAACAGUUUACUUACUACGAUUAAUUGAACUAUAGUAAUUGCGA